AUGGAUACAAAUAAUGCAGAAAAGACAGAGAGCGAGCGGCGUAUGUCCAUCUCUCAGCUGCCGGAUGCUGCUCUCAAGCUCGGGAAGAGCUUGUACCCAGACCCAUUGCACUACAGAACUGCUGAGAAUCUGGUUGAAUUUCGAAGAGCUGCUGACUAUAUUUCGGCUGCAAUGAUCUUUCUGCGAGACAACGUUUUACUUGAACGAGAUCUAAGUCAUGACGAUAUCAAGCACAUCAUUGGAAAGUACAAACCAUGCAUCACUCUCAUUUACGCCCAUAUCAAUCUCAUCAUCCAGAAGUAUAAUCAAUCAAUGAUUUGUCUGAUCGGUGCCAACUAUGGCGUCCCCGCCGUUCUCUCAUGUUUAUGGUUGGAACAGUCCCUGGAGCGGUUCUAUCCACAAUACAGUCGGGAUAGGACCGGCUUGCACAAUCUCAUUACUGGGUUCAGCGUACCAGGAGGUUUCCCCAGCCAUAUAAAUGCCCGAAUUCCCGGAUGCAUUCACGAAGGAGGCGAGCUGGGCCAGGUACUCUCGGUAGCGUAUGGCACUGUGAUGGACAAGCCCGACUUGAUCACUGUGGCGGUGAUUGGAGAUGGUGAGGCAGAAACUGGUUCAACGGCAACGUCAUGGCAUAUGUGCAAAUACAUCGAUCCAAAACAGGACGGGGCACUAUUACCUAUCCUCUACCUGAGCAGCUUCCAGAGUAGCCAGAAGACGAUUUUUGGAUCCAUGGACAAUGCGGAACUCUGCUGCCUGUUCGCUGGUUACGGCUACAAGCCAUACAUCGUCGAUGACAUCGAAGAUAUCGAUAGGGAGCUCAACACAGCCUUGUCCUGGGCGGUCGAGACCAUUCAAGAAAUCCAGCUCGCGGCCAAAGCUGGGGAGACUGCCCUUCUCAAACCAAGAUGGCCAAUGAUCAUAUUGAGAAUCCCAGGAUCCUGGGGCUAUCCCCUUUUGGGCCCUGGCGAACACCUCGCCGGAUCUUUCCAUGGCCGUGAGGUCCUCUUACCACAUGCGAAGAUAAACAAGACCGAGUUACAGCAUCUUCAGGAUUGGCUCCAGUCCUACAAACCAGCCGAUAUUCUUCCGGGGGGAAGGAUCUCCGAAGGGAUCGAGCGCAUCAUCACACCCAACGAGAGGCUUCUUCUGGGGCAAAAUCGGAUCACAUGGGACAUGAGACGUCACCUGGAAGUGCCCGAAUGGAGACGCUUUGCGGCUGCCAAAGGAAGUCAUCAGAGCUGCCUCCGAGCAGCAGCUGGCUUCCUCGAUGAAACACUGACGCGGAACGAGAAUUCGCUGCGCAUCUUCUCGCCCGAUGGACUCGUGAGUAACAAGUUCGACAAGCUCUCCGAUCGCACCUAUCGCAGCUUUAGAGGGAAUCACGACAAUAUUUCGACGGGGGGACCGGUGAUAGAAUUUGCAUCCGAGCAUACCUGUCAAGGUUUGCUGCAAGGCUACACGAUGACCGGCCGCACGGGUAUCUUCGCCGCAGACGAAAGCUUCUUUCCCAUCAUAGCGACCAUGAUGACACAGUACAGUAAGUUCAUCAAGAUGGCGUUGGAGACGCCAUGGCGCAACGACGUCAACAGCCUGAACUAUAUCUCGACCAGUACCUGGACUCGUCCGGAGCCCAAUGGCCUGUCUCAUCAAAACCCGAGCUUCAUUGGGUCGGUCCUGAAUCUGAAACCGACGGUCGGGAGGGUCUACCUCCCACCAGAUGCCAACACGUUCCUCUCCACCCUGGCGCAUUGUCUUCGGUCAAAGAACUACAUCAAUCUGAUCGUGUCGUCGUCGCACCCGGGCCCGGUCUGGCUCAGUCCCGAGGAAGCCGAGAUCCACAGCCGCGCCGGAGGCGGUGUUUGGAAAUUCGCGAGCACGGACGACGGCAUCGAUCCUGAUGUCGUCCUCGUCGGGAUCGGAGCAGACGCCAUGUUCGAGGUCAUCGCGGCUUCUGCGUAUCUGCGCAAACUGGCCCCGUCGCUCUCGGUGCGUGUGAUCAACGUGACGGAUCUGAUGAUCCUCGGCCGUGAGGGCUCUCACCCCCACGCGCUCAGCCUCCGAGAUUUCGACACCCUGUUUACGCCGCACCGGGAUAUUCACUUCAACUACCACGGCUACGCCAACGAACUGCAAGGUCUCCUCUUUGGGCGGCCCAAGCUUGAAAGGAUCUCCAUCUCCAGCUUCCAAAACGAAUUCGUGGCCACGACACCCUUCGAGACGGUCUUGAAGAACAAAUGCAGCAGAUACCACGUCGCGGAGGUCGCGAUCCACGGAGCCGCCAAAUGCAACCCGCACAUCGCUGUCGACUUGCAGAAGCUCGUGGCGCACGUCCAGCACGAACGUGCCAAGAUCGAACAGUUCAUUCAAAAGCACGGCGUCGAUCCUGCGGGCAUGUAUGACGUGCCGAAAUUCUCGACAUCGCACCGACAUCAUCAGCCGGGCGGGGGCCAGAGUUGGCAGUCACACGACAAGACGUUCCAUAUUCCGACCGAGAAUGUCGAUUGGGAAUGA